ACCUUCUUUUUAAUACACGAUCUUUGUUUGCGCUCACCUGUCGCUAGGAUACCAAUUCCGCCUCUUUUGUCCAGCGAGCCACUCUAUUGGUUGGUGAGUGAUGGGGGAAGUGCUGCCUUAAGGGAAGUUACCUUCUUUCAGUAAAAUUACAUAGUCGAAGUCAAAAACAGAAAGAAAGUUGUAUUUGAGGUAUUUUACGAUCGGCGGUUUUGACAGUUCAUCUUAUUAUAUUUAUUUAAAUAGUUCCCGAGUUCCACCAUGGAGUUUGGUGAGGAGUUGUCUCCUGCUCUCGCGUUUGAGAAGGACGCUUUUGAGCUCACCGUCGAGGAUGUUUAUGACAUUUCCUACGUAAUCGGCCGAGAUUUGUUAAAAAUAAGCAGCGCCGGUGAAGAAGUGUCGGAUCUGCAGUUCAGGAUCGUCCGAGUCCUGGAAAUGUUUGAAACGCUGGUCAACAAAUACAACCUGUCUCUGGAGGAGUUAAAACUGGAACGGGACAACUUGAAGAGUGAACUGGACAGAAUCAUCAAGGAGGGCUCGUCCGCGGCACCGGGCACGCACACAGCGGGGCCCAAUCAGCUGGUGGUGGACCUGACGGACCCCAACAGACCUCGCUUCACCAUGCAGGAGCUGAAGGAGGUCCUGCAGGAGAGGAACCAGCUGAAGGCUCAGCUCAUGGUGGCUCAAGAGGAGCUCCAGCUGUAUAAGAGUGGAAUUCUGCCACAAGCUGAACCAGCCAUGGUAGAAGUAAAUCUGGAUCCUCCAGCAGCUACAGAGCAUGAUCCAGCCACAAUAAACGAGAAGACGACCAUAGGAAAACUCAAACAGGUUUUUGUCUGCAGUUAAACCACUUUUGUAAUUAUUUUUUGUGUGUAAAUCUUUUACUCUGUUUCACAGUCUUAACCAAAUUAGAUUUUUAUUUGUAAUUUUAAUCCAAGAUGUUUUUUAGUAUUAUUGAGAUGCACAACUUGAAUUUAGAAUAACAUAAUUUAUCAUGUAGAAACUUUUAAAAAAUAAGUAUUAUUUGACUGGCGUCAACAGCUGACCCAGUUUCUAAAAGGAUUUUUAAGUUAUCAUAAAUAAAAAAUAAAAUAUGAAGAAAUAACAUGUAAGGUAAGAAUGAAAAACACAUUCCAAGGUUAAUAAGUUGCUUUAAUAUCCUCAAUUUUUCUUGAAGCCCCACUCCAAUCAUCUUUUGGUCUAAUGUAAAUAUAUUCCCAGGAGUCUUUUAGAUGUGAUUAUGCCCUUUAUAGGCCAAA